AUUUCGCGAUUUUAUAUUUUAGCAAUUAAAUAGUAAAGUAUAUAAAAUACGGUAAAUUGUGUAUAAUGCGGUUUGUAUCGCAACUAUUUCAACCAUUAUUAACCAUACCAAAGAAUGCGAAGAUCAAGAAUACAGAGAUAACUUGCAAGAGCCAAAAGCUCCUACUCGAAUGUGGUCUAAUCCGUCCCACAUCCCCCGGUUUCUUCGCCCUCCUACCUCUUGCCCGGCGCGCCUUAGACAAGCUAGAAGCUCUUGUCAAGCGACAUAUAGAGGCGGCUGGCGGGCAGCGGGUGUCGCUACCUGCGUUGACAGCUGCGGGGCUGUGGGAGAAGACGGGACGGAUUACGGAGGAGUUGUUGAAAGUGCAGGAUCGGCAUGGGAAGAAGUUUGUGCUUGCCCCAACACAUGAGGAAGCUAUAGCAGAUUUGCUGUCAGAUGUUGGGCCUUUAUCCUACAAACAGCUACCACUCUUAUUGUAUCAGAUCAGCGAUAAAUAUCGCGAUGAGCUUCGUCCCAAGCAUGGCGUAUUACGAGCGCGCUCCUUCCGCAUGCUAGACGCAUACGGGGCACACACACAAGAACAAGCCACAGAAGUGUACCAACGGGUAGGAGAACAGUAUAGAAGACUAUUUGAUACAUUGAGACUGGAUGUACAUAAAGUACCUGCGCCUUGCGGAGAGAUGGGCGGUUCAGAGUCACACGAAUGGCAGCUACCGGCGGCAGCGGGGGAAGACAGAGUGUCAAUAUGUGCAGUUUGUAGACAAGCUACUGUUGAGGAGAAAUGUCAGUGUGGGGGGAGCACUGAAGCUGUUAACAGUAUUGAGGUCGGGCACACGUUUAUCCUAGGCACUAAGUACAGCGAAGCGCUAGGUGCCAACUAUGUAGUGCCUAGCGGCCCCCCUCAACCGAUCGUCAUGUCUUGCUACGGUAUAGGAAUUACUAGAUUACUCGCUGCCAGCCUUGAAGCCCUAUCUACAGACACAGCUCUCCGGUGGCCUGAACCCAUUGCCCCAUAUCGAGCGAUUCUCAUAGGCCCUAAGGAAGGUUCCAAAGAGUGGUCGGUCUACAACUCGGAGCAAAUGCUAGGUCUGUUCGACAAGUUGUCUUCAUUGCCGGGGCUUCGUGGUGACGUCAUAUACGAUGACCGACACCAGAUGACCGUCGGCAAACGGAUACUCAUGGCCGACAAAAUGGGCUACCCUCUGGUGAUAGUUUGCGGUAAAGGAGUCUUAGAAACCCCACCACGACUCGAGCUGCAUUCUCAAGGCGAAACACAGUUGCUGACGCUAGGACAACUUAUGUGGGUGCUACAAGGGGGAAUGAGAAAGUUGCUAAUAAAAUGUAAAAUCAAUAUCCUACUUUAUGCCGAUGACGCAGCCUUUGUUGCUACCUCCGAAAGUGAGCUCCAGUUAAUGAUGGAUCAAUUCUCCAAGGCCUGUUCCCUGUUUGCCAUGUCCAUCAACACCAAGAAAACGGUUGUAUUAGCACAAGGUGUUAGUUUAGUCCCACAGAUUUUACUCAAUGGCACGCAGUUGGAGGUGGUUGAUCGGUUUUGCUACCUAGGUUCGACCAUAACUGACAAUCUCUCGCUCGAUGCAGAGGUUGACAUUCGCAUCGGCAAGGCAGCUACUACUUUCGGGAAGCUUCGUGCUCGAGUGUGGCAAAACAGACUCCUGACUACUAAGACCAAGGUACUGGUCUUUCAGGCUUCUGUAUUGAGCGUACUCUUGUACGGAGCCGAGACCUGGACGACAGGCGACUGCGUUGGCUGGGGCAUGUGCACAGGAUGGAACCCUCCCGUUUACCACGCCGUGUUCUUGUAG